AUGUCAUUAUUUCAAUUUAAUAUAUUUACCACUUUAAUUAAACCCACAUUCACUAAUUUAACUAUCAAAUUACAAUAUGAGAAAUUAUUAAAUAGUAAUCUUAUUCAUGAGAAAGAUGGACAUUUAAUUCAAGAUAUUGAUGUUGGACGUACUGAUUCUAUUGAUUGUUUCCUUUACAAAUCUGCUAAAAACGAUUCUAAUAAGAUUUUAAAUUUAAAAAUUAAAAAUGAUGAGGUUAAUUAUGAACUGGUAAUUGAAAGUAAAAUAUGUAAAUUUCUUAAAAUUCAUAAAGAGGUAAAAAUAAAUGAACUAAAGUCAGUAUUUAAUUACUGUGAAGACUUAGAUGAAGUUAUUAAAAGAUUAGAAAAUAAACUAAUUGUAGUUGUUAAUAAUGAUAGAAUAAGAAUUGAUUAA